AUGGCAACGCCUGAGCAAAAGAAAUCAUUUAUAAGCUUAUGCGCCUCGAUUAUAAGAGAAAAUUAUAGUGGUGACCCGCUAUCACUUGCCUCUUUUAUUGAUAAAAUUACCCUUAUUGAAGAAUUGUCAGACGAAAGCCUCACUAUAACAUUUAUUGCAUUUUUGAAAUCCAAACUUGAAGGUAAAGCUCGCGAGUCCAUACCAACGCAAAUAAUCUCAGUUAGUCAAAUUAAAGAAGCGUUGUCAAAUAAAAUAAAACCAGAUAACUCGAAAGUUGUCGCUGGUAAAAUUGCAGCUUUGAAAGUGCAUAACAAUUAUUCAGAUUUUUCGAAACAGGUAGAGGAGCUCGCAGAUGCUCUGGAGCGUACGCUUAUUAUUGAAGGGAUGACACAAGCGAAAGCUCACGAGAUGGCAGUCGAGCAAACAAUAAACGUUUGUAGGCUCAACAGCCGUUCAGAUAUGGAAAAGUCGAUACUAGCAUCGUCAACCUUCAGCGACUCGAAAGAUGUUGUAGCGAAGAUGAUUGUGGAGCACGACAAUAUAGUAAAAGAGCGGCAGGUGUUGGCUUUUAGGUUACGUUCCAUACGAACAACUAAUUUUCGAGGAGCUUUUAGAGGCAGCAAUAAUUACAGAUAUCACAAUAACAAUUUCAGGUUUAACGGCAAUUCAAAUAGGCACAGCGCCAAUACUAGCAAUCGAAACAACAAUCAGAAUAGGAAUAAUAGUUUCAGUAAUAGACGAAAUACCUACAAUAAUAGUAACAACAGUCAGGCUUCAAGCAGAAGAAAUAACAAUCAUACGCGUUUAAAUACACGAAAUGCUGCCAAUGUUCGGACUUCAAACGCCGAGGCCCCUCAGGCGCGAACACUGGGGGAGCUAGACUUGAACAACUAA